AUGAUUCAGGGUCACUGUGGUUCUUGUUGGGCAUUUGGUGCUGUUGAAUCAUUAUCUGACCGUUUUUGCAUUCAUUUUGGAUUGGAUGUACCCCUUUCUGUUAAUGACCUUCUUGCAUGUUGUGGAUUUCUUUGUGGGUCUGGCUGUGAUGGUGGGUAUCCCAUUGCUGCAUGGCGAUACUUAGCACACCAUGGUGUUGUCACUGAAGAGUGUGACCCAUACUUUGAUCAAAUUGGAUGUUCUCAUCCUGGUUGUGAGCCAGGAUAUCAAACUCCCAAGUGCGUUAGAAAGUGUGUAAAGGGAAACCAGCUUUGGAAGAAGUCAAAGCACUAUAGUGUCAAAGCAUAUAAGGUCAGCUCUGAUCCCCAAAAUAUCAUGGAAGAAGUUUAUAAGAACGGGCCGGUUGAAGUUGCAUUCAGUGUUUAUGAGGAUUUUGCUCACUACAAAUCAGGAGUUUACAAACACAUCACAGGAUCUGCAUUAGGCGGUCACGCAGUAAAGCUGAUUGGGUGGGGAACAAGUGAUGAAGGGGAGGACUAUUGGCUUCUUGCAAAUCAGUGGAAUACAAAUUGGGGAGAUGAUGGUUACUUCAAGAUCAGGAGAGGGACAAAUGAAUGUGGGAUUGAAGAGGAGGUUACAGCCGGUUUGCCUUCUCCCAAAAAUGUUAUUAGAGAAGUGACCGACACGGAUGUUGACGCUGACGUUUCCUUCUGA